UUGAUGUCAUCAUCUUCCGAUUCCGAAGAGGAACAGGGUAAAUACACCGAACAAACAAUUCUUAGAAAAAAAAGCUCCGUAUCCGACAUUAAAAAGAAUAUAUUUCGCAAAAUAAACGAAACCGUCGCUUUUCAAGCUAAAAAUCUCGCGGGAAUUUCUGGCGGGGAUGUGGGUUCUUCCCCGAAAUCACCCUUUCAAUCCCCUUCUCCAAUCGAAAUAAAUUUAACCGACGAGGUUGAAAAUCGACUAAAAUUGGCUCACAAUAAAUUCGCAAAUUCUCUCAUGCAACACCACAAAGAAGACAUAGAUAAUGUGUCUAGUUACCCUCGAAAUCUUGUAACGUUAAUGUCACCUAAAACUACGCCAUCUCCUGUUACAAAUAUUAUGUUGGAAAUUACGAAGAGUAAAACCGGCACAUCUCAAACGAAGUUAACGGAUGAUAUUACGAAGAGUAAGCCCAGCACAUCUCAAAUGAAGUUAGUAGCGGAAGAUAUUACCAAAGAUACUUUACCCGCGACGGAUAAUGCCAUAAAUAGCGAGGUGAAAGAUAAUACCAAAAGUAGCGUUCCGGCGAUAGAGAUUACCAAAUCGGAUAAACAAGUAAAUAGGGCUGUUGGGAAAAUUUCUGACCAUGCUGUACCGGAUGCUAAACGGAAUACGGAAGAAAAAAUUGAAAUAAAAAAGGAAAAAAAAACAGAUCUAACUAUCAAUGUAGGUGGUAGGAUUUUUGUGUUAGAAUAUAAAUUGUUCAAAAAGUUCCCAGAAAGUUUACUGAAGCGUUGCUUCGCAGAUGACCCCUCCGUACCUCUGGGGAAAGACGAAGAUGGCCGCUUUUUCGUUGAUCGUACUCCGGACUAUUUCGAACUGUUGUGCGACUUCGUCAAAAAUGGUACAAAUAUCCCCAAUCCGCAGUUAAUCGAAAGAUUAAUCAUGGAAGCCGAAUUCUUCAAUAUGGAAGCCAUCGUUGACGAGUUAAAAAAUCGGUUGUAUAACUGUCAUAAGAUGAGACAAAGGGGUUUGGAAAAAGUUGUCCUCCGAUGCUUUGGAGAUAAAGGCGAGGUCAAGAAAUUCUACGCCAAUUUUAAAACCAACUUCGACGCCAUUUUAGCGAGCCGCAUUCUCCCGCCUAGAAUAGUGUGGAUCGAUUAUUUUAGCGAUAAAUCCACCAGUCAUGAUAAUAAAAAUUUUGACGAGAUAACGAUAUCCUCCGAGAUACCCAAAAGCGUAGACCCCGCUCAUUUAGGAGAUGUUACACUUUUGAUACGAAAUCGGAUGAGUAAAGAAGGGUAUCCCGUGAAAGUGAUAACGGAAUCGAGCGGAAAAAAGAGAGUACCAAGGUUCGGUUUGCAGUUCGCGUUUAGCUGCUUUUCCGGGAUCGCCUUAAAUCAAGUCAAUCACUUGAAGAGAAUCGAAAAUAAGCUGGGGAAAUUAGAUAAUACGUUCCAAUAUUACGACGAAAUUUGUGAUGAAAUAAUUGAAACAUUGACCUCUAUCGCAAAACUAUAA